AUGGCGCACUGUCUAUCCAAGAUGGCCCUGGCCUUGCUGGGGACUACAUCUCUGAUCUUGAACCUUGCUGCUGCUGUCUCACUCCCUGGUGACGCGUCCUAUGUGGCUGCUGCUGGGUUUCCGACCUCUGUAUUCUCAUCCUACUAUGUUUCCCCGGCCCAGCCAACCCAACAACCCCAGCCGAUUAUCUACGAUCCUGUGUUGGACCUCACCUUUCCCUAUGAGUUGACUGAUCCCGACAACAUCCCAGACAAUCAAGAUGAGGUCUACUUUCCUAUGCCGCGAACUCACAUGUCUGCCAAAAAGAGGUAUAGGCUGUUUCAAGAAGCACUAUCCAAUGUGACCAACAUCAUCAAGUCGAGUUCAGAAGACAAUUGCACCAAAUGCAAGAACGCUCUAGCCGCAGCGAAGCCUGCAGCAUUGCAUGCCCCGACCUUUGUCCCGAACGCCAUGGUCAGCCUGUGCAAGGCUUUUGCCUUCCAUGCCAAUGAGACGUGCGAGCAAGAUUUCGCCACAAACACCUUUGGUGCUAUCUGGACGCAGGUGCUGGCAUACGCCGAUGUAGAAGGAUUGGAUGGUGAAUACAUCUGCCAUUCUCUCAGCAGCAAGUUUUGUAGUGCGCCAACUACCAGCCCGCUUGACACGACCAAGCUUUUCCCCAAGCCCAAGCCUGCAGAUGCCCAGGUUCCCAAGGCAAGUGGCGAGCGGGUCAAGGUACUGCAUCUGUCAGACUUCCAUCUCGAUGCCCGGUAUGCCGUUAGUUCUGAAGCAAACUGCACGUCUAGCCUCUGCUGUAGGAGCGACAACUCCAACGACCUUUCCGAAGGCAGCCCGCUGCUUUCUGCCUCUUCGUAUGGCUCUUUCAUGUGCGAUACCCCAUAUGACUUGGGUCUUGCUGCUCUGCAAGCUGUUGGUCCUCUGACUGGAACUGGCAAAGGAAAACACGACGAGCAUCUUGCAUGGACGCUUUAUACUGGCGACCUGGUAUCGCAUGAUCCGGCAUCCCAGAUCUCCAAGGCAUUGACCCAGUAUACAGAGACUAGUAUUAACGAUAUGUUCAAGCACUAUCUCUCUGGUCCUGUCUUUGCGGCACUUGGAAAUCACGACACCAGUCCUGCAAAUAUCGACUCUCCUCACAACCUCCCUGGCCGUCUGGGAGAACAACAAAGCUGGAACUAUGAGCACCUGGCUGGACUGUGGCGCCAUGAAGGCUGGAUUAGCCGUGAGACCGCCGAUGAAGCGAGAACGCAUUAUGGCGGAUACUCCGUGAAGACGCACUACGGACUGCGCAUUCUCGCAUUCAACACAGACUUCUGGUACCGAACCAACUUCCUAACAUUCAUCAACACCACCAACCCGGACAACUCAGGCGUAUUCUCCUGGAUGAUCGAAGAACUACAAAAAGCCGAAGACGCCGGCGAGCGCGUCUGGAUAAUCGGCCACGUCCUCAGCGGCUGGGACGGAACCAACCCCCUCCCCAACCCAACCGAUCUAUUCUACCAGAUCGUAGACCGCUACUCGCCACACGUAAUCGCCAACAUCUUCUUCGGACACACCCACGAAGACCAGUUCAUGGUAUACUACGCCAACAACGGGACUGCGCAGAAUGCCGAUAACGCCCUCACCACCGGCUGGAUCAUGCCUAGCAUAACACCCCUGACAAACCUCAACAGCGGAUUCCGUCUCUACGAAGUCGAUACAGGCGACUUUAACAUCUACGAGGCAUACACCUUCUACAGCAAUGUGUCUGAAUUCCCGGCUCUGGAGCACACGGGUCCGACAUUUGAGAUUGAAUAUUCUACCCGUGAGGCGUACGGAUCCGCAGCUGCGUGGGAUGAGGACGCACCGUUGAAUGCGACUUUCUGGCAUCGGGUUACUGAGGCUAUGGAGAAGGAUGUGGAGCUGGUUAGUUUGCAUAAUACUUACCAAGGGAAGAAGAGUGUUAAGAGUCCUACGUGCACUACUGCCGCGUGUCAGGAGGCUAAGGUCUGCUACAUGCGUAGUGGUAGUGUUGCGUUGGGUAGCCAGUGUCCUCAAGGGUAUGGAUCUGUGCAAAGUGCCUUUGGGGAGAGCUAG